AUGACCUCUAAUUCUGGCGUGUUCCGCUUCACUUCUGUUGCUAAGCAUGGGAGCUAUAUGUUCUACUUCUAUUCGGAAGAUCAAGUUCAGUGCUUGAGAGCUUGCUAUGAAGAAAGCGAAUGCGCAGUGGUGCAGUAUGAUGAGAAGACGUCAUUCUGCAAGUUAUUGAGAACGGGUACUUAUACAGCACCGGGAUACGUGCUCUCACGUGGAGAGAAUGAUUCGUCGUGCAUGACGGAAGAAGCCACUGGCGACAUACCAUUUCAGAAAAUUCCACAAAAAAAUGUUACAGCGAUGGAAUGCACCGCAGUGCUCGAUGCGGCUAGCGCUAAGAAGACCGCGGGACAUCACGAAAAAAAGGAGAACCUACAUCAAAGAGAUGGCCACCACUGGCCGCACUGUCAACACUCCACCCCAGAAGCUGAUCCUGUAGGAGGGCCGGUGCCACCGGUUACUGAACAGGAUGUAUGGUUCGCUGUGACGAAAACAAAGAAUGCUGAGGCAACUAGCCCAGACGACAUACCAAGCGAGUUCUGGAAAGUAUGUGGACAUUCCGGGGCUACCUGGUUGUUAGGUCAAUCAGAUCAUAAGGAAGAAGAGUACGAUUUGUGA